AUGUUGUCUUUCAGGCUAAACAUUGAUGGGCUGCUUGUAUACUUCCCAUAUGAUUUCAUUUAUCCUGAGCAGUAUUCUUACAUGCAGGAAUUGAAGAGAACACUGGAUGCAAAGGGCCAUGGUGUUCUGGAGAUGCCUUCUGGUACUGGAAAAACAGUUUCCCUUGUGUCACUUAUUGUAGCAUAUCAGUUGGCUUAUCCUCUAGAUGUGACCAAGCUUAUUUAUUGUUCUAGAACUGUCCCAGAGAUUGAAAAGGUUAUUGAGGAGUUACGGAAACUGUUUGAAUAUUACGAAAAAGAGACUGGAGAGAAACUGAAUUUCCUAGCAUUAGCCCUAAGCUCUAGGAAGAAUCUUUGUAUACAUCCUGAGGUCAGCUGCCUUCGUUUUGGAAAGGAAGUUGAUGGAAAAUGCCAUAGUCUGACUGCGUCAUACAUCAGAGCACGCCAUAGUAGGGAUUCAGGUGUUCCUUUUUGCAGGUUUUAUGAGGAAUUUGAUGCCAAUGGUCGUCAGGUGCCCAUUUCUUCAGGAGUUUAUAACUUGGAUGAUUUGAAGACAUAUGGCAGGCAGAAGGGGUGGUGCCCCUAUUUUCUUGCCAGAUAUUCGAUUUUGCAUGCUAACAUUAUAGUGUACAGUUACCACUAUCUUCUGGAUCCCAAGAUUGCAGAUCUAGUCUCCAAGGAGCUGGCGAAAAAUUCUGUUGUUGUGUUUGAUGAAGCUCACAAUAUCGACAAUGUGUGUAUUGACUCGAUGAGUGUUAACAUCACACGCCGAACGUUAGAUCGCUGUCAAAGUAACAUUGAAACACUGCAGAGGACCAUACAAAAAAUAAGAGACAGUGAUGCAGCUAUAUUAAAAGAGGAGUAUCGACGCUUGGUGGAAGGGUUGAAGGAAGCUAACAUCGCCAGGGAGACAGAUGUUUAUCUGGCCAAUCCUGUUUUGCCUGAUGAGAUUCUACAAGAAGCCAUUCCAGGGAACAUUCGGACAGCAGAGCAUUUUGUGGGAUUUUUGAAGAGAUUAUUAGAGUAUCUCAAAUCUCGCCUGCGAGUUCAGCACGUUAUCCAAGAGAGCCCACCUUCCUUCCUUAAGGACAUCUUUGAAAAAGUGUGCAUUGAAAGGAAACCCCUUCGAUUCUGUGCAGAAAGGUUGCGAUCUUUACUUAGAACCUUAGAAAUUGCUGACCUUACUGACUUCUCUCCCAUCACACUUAUUGCCAAUUUUGCUACACUGGUCAGCACUUAUGCAAAAGGAUUUACAAUCAUAAUUGAACCCUUUGAAGACCGGACUCCCACAGUUGCUAAUCCCAUUUUACACUUCAGCUGCAUGGACGCAUCAAUUGCUGUCAAACCUGUAUUUGAGAGGUUUCAGUCUGUCGUCAUCACAUCAGGGACACUAUCUCCACUGGAUAUAUACCCAAAGAUUUUGGAUUUUCGACCUGUCACCAUGGCGACCUUUACCAUGACCCUAGCAAGAACUUGCCUGUGUCCAAUAAUUGUUGGAAGAGGAAAUGACCAGGUAGCCAUCAGCUCCAAGUUUGAAACGCGAGAAGAUAUUGCUGUAAUUCGUAACUAUGGGAACUUGCUUCUGGAAAUGUCUGCAAUAGUGCCAGAUGGGAUUGUGGCAUUUUUCACCAGCUAUCAAUACAUGGAGAACAUUGUAGCCUCUUGGUAUGAGCAGGGAAUUCUGGAGAACAUUCAGAGGAAUAAAUUGAUAUUCAUUGAGACACAGGAUGCAGCUGAGACCAGUAUGGCCCUGGAGAAGUACCAAGAAGCAUGUGAGAAUGGACGAGGUGCUAUCUUGCUGUCUGUCGCUAGAGGCAAAGUGUCAGAGGGAAUCGAUUUUGUCCAUCAUUAUGGCCGAGCAGUGCUUAUGUUUGGAGUUCCUUACGUGUACACCCAGAGUCGGAUAUUAAAGGCUCGUCUUGAAUACCUGAGGGAUCAAUUCCAAAUACGUGAAAAUGAUUUUCUGACAUUUGAUGCAAUGCGUCAUGCAGCUCAGUGUGUUGGAAGGGCCAUCCGUGGCAAAACGGACUAUGGUUUGAUGAUUUUUGCUGACAAGCGUUUUGCUCGCGCAGAUAAACGUGGUAAGUUACCUCGUUGGAUUCAGGAACAUAUCACUGAUGCUAAUCUGAACCUGACUGUUGAUGAAGCCAUCCAAGUUGCCAAGUAUUUUCUACGCCAGAUGGCCCAGCCUUUCAGGAAGGAGGACCAGCUGGGGUUGUCAUUGCUAACACUGGCUCAGCUACAGUCUGAAGAGAUGUUACAGAAGAUUGAGCAAAUCACACACCAGAUCUGAAAACCAAAGCGGCAUGAUGGAUGUUGAGCAUCUCCUGAAGCAAAGUGGGUACAGAAUAUUAACAUCUGGAGUUAGGUUUUAUCUAAAGCUGCAAGUCAUCAUAGGACUAUUUAAUCAUGUGUCAGAACAGUGAGAAAACAUUUUGUUAUGUGGGCUUCCUGAGGUUUGUAAGGUCAUGGACUUUUCUGCUCAUGCAGCUUUUUCCCAAGUGUUACGACAGCCACUGUACAAACCACCAUGCUCAGUUUUAUAAAUGUUUUUCUAAGUGAAAUUGCACUGAUUAUUUGCGAUUUGAGGUAUAAUAUGUCUUCUCCCGUGACUUUCUAUUUGCUUGCAUGAAGGCAGUUAGAAGUGUUACCUGCUUUGGUUUGUUUUUCAAAAACGAUAAGAACCAGUCCAGUGUAUGACAGUUAAGAAAAAGAGUAUUUUUCUCCCCUAGGAACUGUUGUAAUAAGAUCUUGCAUUUAACUUUUUUUUCUACCUUCUGGUAGUAUUUUUACUGUACAAGGCAACUAAUCAAUGUCAGACCAGUGACUAUAAAUGCAUAAAAAUAUAAAGAUGCAACUACAAAACUUUUUAAUAAUGCAGCAUCAUUCCUAUAAAUUGUUAAUCUAUUGUUACACAGUGAAAUGAGAAUUAACAUUUUCCCUCUGUCUUAUUUAAGGAAUGUUCAUGUGUAAGCAAGAAACUGUUAGCUGAAGCUCAAAAAGGAGUGUUAACCCCUCUUGUGAGAAGGGAUAUAUUGUACAGUAGACAUUGAAUGACAUUUUAAAUAAAGUUUUGUUACAUGAAUCUCUUAUUUCA